AUGGUAGUUGGAGCUUCGGGAACAGGCCGUUCCACUUUCGUCAAUACCCUCUGCGGUAGUGAAGUUUUGGCCAAAAAGUUGUGUGAUACCCCCGAAACUGCACAUGUAGAAGCGGGUAUCCGAAUCAAACCGGUAACAGUUGAAUUGGAUGAAGAUGGUGCCAGAAUUGCUUUGACAAUUGUGGAUACCCCUGGAUUUGGUGAUAAUAUAGAUAAUGAAUUUUGUUUUCAGGAAAUUAUGGGCUAUUUGGAAAGACAAUAUGAUGAUAUUUUGGCAGAAGAGUCGAGGAUUAAGCGUAAUCCUCGAUUUCGUGAUAAUCGAGUUCACGCACUUCUUUAUUUCAUUACUCCAACGGGUCAUUCUCUUCGUGAGAUUGAUAUCGAACUAAUGAAACGUCUUAGUCCACGUGUCAACGUCAUUCCGGUUAUCGGUAAAGCUGAUACAUGUACGCCAGCCGAAUUGUCAGAAUUCAAAAGGAUGAUUAUGGAGGAUAUCGAACAUUAUAACAUCCCAAUCUAUAACUUUCCAUUUGAUGUUGAAGAAGAUGAUGAAGAAACAGUUGAAGAGAAUAGUGAAUUAAGGGCUCUCCUACCCUUUGCCAUUAUUGGCAGCGAAGAAGAGAUCAUUGUAAACGGAAGAUCAGUUCGUGGAAGACAAUACCCAUGGGGUGUUGUUGAAGUUGAAGACCCACAACAUUCGGAUUUUGCUAGAUUGCGAUCAGCACUUUUAAGCUCUCAUUUACAAGAUUUAAAAGAGAUUACACACGAUUUCUUAUAUGAAAAUUAUCGUACAGAGAAACUUAGCAGAAGUGUCGACAAUACUACCCCAGAGGAUGUUAAUAUCUUGCCUGAUGACCUCGCUACUCAAGGUGUACGAAUAAAGGAAGAACAAUUGAAACGGGAAGAAGAAAAGUUGAGAGAAAUUGAAUUAAAAGUUCAACGGGAAAUCUCUGAAAAGAGACAAGAGCUUCUAGCUAAAGAAGAAGCCCUGAGGAACUUGGAAGCACGAUUAGCACAAGCUCAAGAUUAUUAA